CGAUUUUAGCUGAGUCAACUCGUUUCCCCUCGAUAAACCCUAACUCGCACCUGGCAGUUCGGCCAAAAUUUUACCUAAUUUCCCACUGAAUAUGGCCCAAGGUGAGUGAUUCCCCAAUUCUUGUGUCCUUGCGUCUUUCUUGCAUGAAGAAGUUUGGUGAUUCGCAUUCCGGUUUCGUUAAAUCUCAAUAUUUUGAAGAAUGGAGGUUUGUUGAGCCUCGUUGGAGAUGAAGGCGCAUUGGAGCGAUUCGACGUUUUCCCAUUAUUACAGUGCGGUUUUGUUGAGUAUUUGAUGAUUUAUGGAGUUUGUUGGGUUUGACUCUGUACGUGACAUGCUGGGAUAAUGUGGAUUGUCUCCAAGAUUGUGAAGGCUGCAUUUUGAAAUGGAAAAGGCUGGGGAGUGGUUCUUUUGGUGCAUUCUCGGUGUCUGUUUGGAAAAGAUUGCCCGUUCAAUGUUCGCGCAAUGGAGAUAAUGAGUGGGAUCCCAAAGAGAUCUUUUUUCAAUAGGGUGAGGGGAGAUCGCGGUUAACUGGUGGCAAAGAUGGACGGAAUAUUAUCUGAUGGUUUAGUUCCUAAGCGUUCGUUGAGAAAGAAAGCAGGUCUGAAGAAUUACAACGAGAACUUGAUUGAUGAGUUCAUAGAUACGCACUUGGGCAGUAGCCCGAGGAAAAGGAACAGGACAAGGGAGGAUUUGGAGAAAGAGACCGAAACUGAGGCCAUGAUGGCUAUCUCUCUUGGCUUCCCGAUUGAUGCGUUGCUCGAAGAGGAGAUCCGGGCUGGAGUGGUGAGGCAAUUGGGUGGCAAAGAGCAAAAUGACUACAUCGUUGUGAGGAACCAUAUACUGGCUAAGUGGAGGAAUAAUGUAAGGAUGUGGAUGUCGAAAGAUAGGAUAAGAGAGACCGUUAGUAGUGAGUACGAGCACUUGAUUGGCUCAGCCUAUGAUUUCCUUUUAUCCAAUGGGUAUAUCAACUAUGGGAUCUUGCCACCAAUGCCCUUAGAGGUUGUUGAAGGGUCUGUUAUAAUCGUGGGUGCAGGACUUGCUGGGCUUGCAGCAGCGAGACAGCUCCUCUCUUUUGGUUUCAAGGUGCUUGUUCUAGAGGGUAGAAAUAGGCCCGGGGGUAGAGUCUAUACUCAAAAGAUGGGUCAAAAGGGCGAUUUCGCAGCUGUGGAUCUAGGUGGCAGUGUGAUCACAGGAAUUCAUGCUAAUCCUCUUGGGGUUCUUGCUAGGCAACUCUCUAUUCCUCUUCAUAAGGUCAGAGAUAAAUGCCCUUUGUAUAAACCUGAUGGCACACCUGUUGAUGAGAAAACCGAUUCCAAGGUUGAGUUUAUUUUUAACAGAUUGCUGGACAAGGUCAUGGAAUUGAGACAAAUAAAGCGUGGUUUUGCGCAUGAUAUCUCUUUGGGCGCUGUCUUGGAGACGCUGAGGCAAUUGUUUGGUGUGGCGAGAAGCAGAGAGGAAAUGCAACUUCUUGACUGGCACUUUGCAAACUUGGAAUAUGCCAAUGCUGGAUGUCUUUCAAAUUUGUCGGCAGCAUACUGGGAUCAGGAUGAUCCUUAUGAAAUGAGUGGCGAUCAUUGCUUUCUUGCCGGAGGGAAUGGGAGGUUGGUAAAAGCUUUGAGUGAAGGAGUCCCCAUUUUCUAUAACAAGAUUGUCAAUAUGAUAAGAUAUAACGAGGAUGGGGUUGAGGUAAUUGCUGGGGAUCAAGUGUUCCAAGCAGAUGCAGUCCUAUGCACUGUACCGCUUGGUGUUUUGAAGAAACGAACCAUAAAAUUUGAGCCAGAAUUACCUCUAAGGAAGCUUGAAGCAAUUGAAAGGUUGGGUUUUGGAUUAUUAAAUAAAGUCGCGAUGGUUUUUCCUCAUGUUUUCUGGGGAGAAGAUCUGGACACAUUUGGUUGUCUCAGUGAAGAGGGCCAAAACCGUGGAGAGUUCUUUCUGUUCUAUAGUUAUCACACGGUUUCAGGUGGUCCUGUACUUAUUGCACUUGUGGCCGGAGAAGCUGCCCAAGCAUUUGAAUACAUGGAUCCAUGCACAUCACUUAGUCAUGUUUUGAGCAUACUCAGAGGUAUAUAUCAUCCGAAAGGCAUUGACGUGCCUGACCCCAUACAAUCGAUAUGUACAAGAUGGGGAAGCGAUCCCCUUUCUUGUGGCUCAUAUUCCCAUAUAAGAGUGAACUCAUCUGGUAGCGAUUAUGACGUUCUUGGAGAGAAUGUGGGUAACCGGCUUUUUUUCGCUGGGGAAGCCACAAGUAGGCAGUACCCAGCCAGCAUGCAUGGUGCCUUCUUGAGUGGGUUGAAAGAAGCUUCACACAUUUCUCGUGCUGCCAGGGAUUGGGAAACCACUCCAAGAAAGUUUGUGCAUAGAAAUAUCGGGCCAAGCAGUGAUUUGCUAGUGGAUUUGUUCCUGAAGCCUGAAUUAGCAUUUGGGAAUUUCAUGGUCAUUUUCGAUCCUUCAAAUGAUGACCCAAAAUCAAUGGCCAUAUUGAGAGUUAACUUUGACAGUAAUAAAUUCAGUUUGCGUGGCAAUUUAGAUAGCUUCCAUGAGCACUCUACUAAUGGACCAUUGCCACUCUACACAAUAUUGACUCGUGAAGAGGCUAAGGACCUGCAAUUAAUGAGUGGGGGAGAUGACAGCAGAUUAUCAUACUUGACUAAGACACUCUAUCUGAAGUUAAUGGGGCUUAGUGCGGUUGGAAAUAUUGCUAACUCCUUGAUUAGUAGCAUUGCCAGUGCCCGGAGACUUAGGGGCAAGAAUCGUCUUUUCUAUGGAUAUAAGUACAAUGUACAUACCUAGCUAGUCCUUGGUCCCUUGUCAAUUUUUUUGCUUAGAUUUGGCAAGGAUUUCAUUUAUCAAUAGGACAUACCAAAAUUUAUUGCAGUCUGAAGGACACUGAUUAGGUCUGCUGAACAAUUUUUUGAGUUGGCCGUUUCGGAGAAGUAAUGACCCAAGAAGUAAUGACCGAAGGAUGUGUAUGUGAUGUGUUGUGGAGUAGCUCAAACAAUGUAUUACUCGCAUUUGCAGAGGAGGAGGAAAAUUUUGCUGGACUUUGGGACACCCGUUCGUCCUUAUCGGGCUUCACUGUAGUCGUUUUGUGCUUUUCUCUGGCCUUUUUGUCUCUGCAAAGUGCAAUUGUGUGUACACCUUUGGAUGUUGUUUGUAAAAGUGAUGAAUAGCUGAUGCUGAAGAGAUGGUUGACUUUUCACGAUUUUGAUGGAUUGGUGAGAGAAAUCUCGGUUACAGAA